AUGAAUUUCUGCCCAAACCCCGCCCAUUGUGGGCGGAGCUCAAUCCAGCCACCCACUAUAAGCGUUCCCAUCCUAUCUUGUUUACUCCUACUAGAUUUGGACGCUCUAGUUCCACAGGGACUGGAGUUAUCCUGUACUCCUACCAAGUUUGAGCGCUUUAUCUCCACUGGAACAGAACUUACGCAUUUUCAACGUUGGUCUUCAAUUUUCACGAACGGUGGGAUUUUUCGUUGCAUGAAAAGUCGAAAAAUAAAUGAAGGAAGAGAAAUGGAGACUGGUAAAGUCGACGUUCAGCAUUACAAAAAGGUAGACCUCGUUCAGGUGUCACCGUGGGUACGUACGAUAACGCAUAUUCAUAUUGAAAACUCAUCACUUCUCGAAUUACCCCCUUGGCUGGCGUUAAGCUCCAAGUUACACACGCUCACUAUCAAAAGUAAGUUUUUAUGUUUGACCUCGUGCUUGCGAUCGGCAAAACUGUCUGGUAACGAGAUCGACGACAUUGAUAAGCACCUAUUGCUUAGCAAAGAUAUAUACGACAUUGAUCUUAGCAGGAACAAGAUAACUUCGUUUGGCUCUCAUACGUUCUCCGCUUGCGCCGAACUCCGCAUCCUUGAUCUCAGCCAUAAUCCCAUCCAGAUUCUACCAGUUCGGCCCUUCGCCCACAACUCCAAACUUAAAUGGCUGAAGUUAAGUGGGACUAGCAUCAAGGAGUUAUCGCCGAAGAAUUUCGUGGGAUUGGGAGCGUUGAAGUCAUUAACGCUGUCGUAUUCUCCUCUUCAGUCGAUUGCGCCAUUUGCUUUUCUUCCACUGAAGUCACUGAAAACACUCGAUUUGGAAGCUACCAAUAUCAGUGCGAUUCCGUUGGCUGUCACCCAAAACUGUGGACUGUCCCAUCUGAACGUUGCAAACAACAUUCUUCAUCACCGAUCGUCUCUUCCUCCAGAGGUGAUUGUUUUGCUGUCAGGCUUGACGCUUUUAAAACUGGAUGGAAAUCCAUUAACGGAAUUCCCACCAUCCCUUUUCACCUUGUCUACGGGCAAUUUUCGCCUGAUUCGACAGCUAGUUCAAACGAUGACUUCUCUUCCGGUAUGGACUGAAGAGCCGUGUACACCAUAUUAUUGGGCUAUGCAUUUGCGAAACAGAUCGUUGACAUUCCGAAACUUGGUUUCUACCUGGAGCGACAGCCGAAUGAAACAGGAGGGACUGGCAUAUUGCCGUGAACAAUAUGAAUGGAUGAUUGAGGAAAUGGAGGUGUACAGAGACCUGGAGAAGAACAGUGGUAUCGAUUUUAUUUUUAUCUCUACCAUUUUUCGACCUCAUUUCGGCACAGAUGGUAUCAGAGGGGGCCCCGAAUCCAUAACAUGUGCAAAACUCUGA